GGGAGAGGCACGUCCACCAUCUACCGUCCACCAUCGUGGCGCUGGAAGUUCACAGUGCGUGAGGCGAGGAGAAGGUGAGGAGGAGGGGGCCAGAGGAGAGGAGAACGGAACAGAGAACAGCGACUCAUUAGCGAGGCCAAUGGCUAGGCAUCUGAGCAACAAACGAUAGUCUUCAUUCAACGAAGUGAAUCAGCUUGGACACACCAGAGCUCAGAAAAAAAAGCGCGCAUUCUCCGACGCCUAAGAAGUAAACAAGGUAAGGAAAGGGACAAGGGAGGCGAAGAGGAGAAAGCAAGUAGAAGAGGAGAAGCGAGAGGGAGGGGAACUUCAAGAGAGAGCGGAGAGAACGAAGCGCUAUCCCCGAUACACCUAAGAAGUCAGGCGAAGGGGAGAAGGGAGAGGGAGGGGAGAGAGGAGGAGAGCACGUGCACACACGUCUGAGACGUAAAUAAAUAAGAAAGGAGAAAGGAGGCGAACACUGUCAGGAGAAAGCACGGAGAAGAGCAGAAGGGAGAGGGAAAGGGAAAAGAGGAGAGAGCAAGUAUAGGAGCAGGGCGGAGGGGGCGAGCAGUAGAACGUGAACGUGGUCGUGAUUCCGUCCGUCGUUCACUCCCGCCAAGCUGCCUGCUUGUUUAGCCCAAGCACAGCCGCUGCCAUGUCGUUCGCUAUCGGUACUUUGGUGUUUCUGAUCGUCAGCUUCGUGGGGAGCUUAGGGGUGAGGCUGUUUUACAAUCAAAAUCCGGCGACCAAUUUGCUGAAUAUAACGCUAGUUAAUACGGCGGUGGUUUGCUGCUGGCUGACAUGGGCAAUCGUGUACAUGGCGCAGAUGCAUCCGCUGGUGAACCCUAUCAGGAAGGCGGAGGGGGAGUGAGGAGUAAAAAAAAAAAAAAAAAAAAGAGUGAGGAGGAGUUGUGUCGGAAAAGAAAAAAAGAAAAAAGAAAAAAAAGGAGUGUCUCAAUAGAGAGAGCGGGGAAGCAAGCAUGGGAACGGAUGCCGGAAGCGUACUAUAGGAUAAAUAAUCAGGCCAUAUACUCACGCGGGUAAUUUUGUGACUCAUCCUGGACGUAAUUGCGGUCAGAUACGUCCAGCAGCGGGGUGCUAUGGCGGUCAGAUGCAUUCGGAAAUUAUGCUCUCUCAUAUGGCGUGGGGAAUCGUCUACAUGGCGCGCAGAUGCAUCCGCUGGUGACAAAUGGACGUCAUUGCGGUCAGAUACAUCCAGCAGCGGGGUGCUAUGGCGGUCAGAUGCAUUCGGAAAUUAUGCUCUCUCAUAUGGCGUGGGAAUCGUCUACAUGGCGCAGCAGAUGCAUCCGCUGGUGACAACCUGUCCGAAAAGAAGGGAGAGGGUGAGUGAGGAGGAGUGUUCAAAAGAGAGCGGGAAAGCCGACUACGUAGGGAAGAAUCAAGGCAUACUCGCGCGCGGAGAAUGUUUUUGACUCGUGUCUGGACGGAAUCGUGGUUAGAUGCAUCCAUCGCGGGCUGUUAUCGUGGUCAGAUACAUCCGGAUGGCGCAGAUGCAUCCUGUCACAAAGGAAGGGAGAAGGUGAGUGAGGAGUAAGCGCUCAAAAGAGAGCGGGAAAGCGUACUAGGGAAAAAUCAGGGCAUACUCACGCGGAGAAUUUGUUUGACUCGUCUCUGGACGGAAUCGUGGUCAGAUGCAGCCAGCCAUCGCGGCCUGUUAUCGGUGUCAGAUACAUCCGGAAGGCGCAGAUGCAUACGUUGGUGACACCUGUCAGGAAAGAAGGGAGAGGGUGAGUGUCACUGAGGAGGAGCGCUCAAAAGAGAGCGGGAAAGCCGACUACGUAGGGAAGAAUCAAGGCAUACUCGCGCGCGGAGAAUGUUUUUGACUCGUCUCUGGACGCAAUCGUGGUCAGAUGCAUCCAUCGCGGCCUGUUACUCUUGGUUACAAUAAACAUCCGGAAAUUGCGUAAGUAUGCUCUCAGAUUGGAUGGCGUGCGUGAGUAUGCUCUCAGAUGGAUGGCGUGGGGCGCAGAUGCAUCGGGUGGUGAGCGGGGGGGAAGGAUGAAAACGGAUGGGAUGUUGGAAGCGUAGGGGAGAAUUAGGGCAUUUUACUCGAACGAAGAUUUAUUUUUUCUUGACUCGUAUCUGGACGUAGUUGGUGGUUAGGAACAUGCAGCAUGUGACCGUAAUGGAAGUCAGAUACAUUCAGAAACUUUCUUCUGAGUAUGCUCUCAGAUGGCGGAGGCAUUCGGGUGGGGGGUGAAGAGGGAAGUGGGAGAACAAUGCGCAAUGCGAUGGUGUGUGGAGGGCAUUUCUGAGAUUUUGCCGUUGAGUGUGUUGUGGGUGGAGGUUUUCCGCUCCGUACCGUUGCGGGUACGGAGCGGUUGAGAGUGUGAAGGGGUGACUGACUCAUUGGUGAGGGCAAAUUGGUUGCAAUUACCACGAUUUUAAAAUUUGAAAAAGUAAAUAAAUAAUUCUUAU